AUGGUCCCCCAGCGUAUCAUCAUUGAGGGGAUCUUCCGUGACGAGAAAGAUCCGGAACUCGCCUUUAUUCGCAAGUGGCUCAACGCCUUCCGCUUUGAGGAGGUUGGCCGAAUUCAAGGUGCUUAUGGCACGAAACGCGGCCCACACAAUAGCGAGUGGAUGGACCUACACAUCUGGCAGCAUCAGUCCUGCGAACACGAGCACCCGACUGGCAGUGACCCGGGAAUUUGGGAAGGAGGUUUGCUCGAACGUUAUUGA